UCUCCCUCAUUGUUCCAAUCUCUCCUUUCCUCUCCUUUCAUCAAUUCUACUUCUCUUCCUUUAUUACCUCGCAUAAGAAUACCUCCUAUCCAAAAUGUACCUUGUUUAUCUCUCCCUCCUUCUCUUUGUCUUUGCAGGUCAAGGGCAGGUUUGUUCAGAGGACAAGUGUCUGAAUUGCUAUUGGCUAUUCUUAUUGGUUAGUUUAAUAGGAUCAGCUCUGAACAGAUGAGAUUAUGACACCCAAGGCAUAAUACUUUAUAUUAUAUUCCAGAGUCCUUGUCAAAAUGGCUGCAGAACUAUAGAAAGUGUGCUGUUUUCAGUCCCAAGUGAAGGACGCAAAACAAUCUUUGAAGAAUGGCACUUCUCAAGAUCAAGUUUCCCUUCCAGAAGAGGGUACGUUUGGCCCAGGGUGUGUGGCUACUGUCAUGGGUCGCCAUGGUCUCUGGAGCUACCACCUUUGCCUUGGGAGUCUUCCUCAAGACUGAGCUUUUCCGCAGGGCCGAGGUGAUGUAUAACAGUGACAUCCAUAUCGUGCCCAAUCUGCUCAUAGUGGUAGGGCUGACAUCUGUGGGCAUCAACAUCUGCGCUGGUAAAGUGUGUCAGGACUCAUUGGAUGCUUCACGGUUUCCACGCUGGAAAAACAUCCUCACUCCCUUCUUCAGCAUCUCUCUCUUCUUUACAUCUCUGUUGCUGGUUGGUAUGAUAUUGAGCUACGCCCUGCAGCACAGCCUGGAGGAAUCUCUCAAAGUGGGCUUGAAGAACGGCAUUCGUUUCUAUAAGGACACAGACACACCAGGCCGGUGCUUCCAGAAGGAGACCAUUGACCAACUGCAGAUAGAGUUCCAGUGCUGUGGGAACACCAACUACAGGGACUGGUUUGAAGUGCAGUGGGUCAACAACCGCUACCUGGACUUCACCUCUAAGGAAGUGAAAGACCGCGUAAAGAGUAAUGUGGAUGGCCGUUACCUGGUGGACGGAGUCCCUUUCAGCUGCUGUAACCCAGCUUCCCCCAGACCCUGCAUCCAGUACCACAUUUUAGACAACACAGCCCAUCACAACUACGAGUACCAGAGUGAGGAGCUGAAUCUGUAUAACCGUGGCUGCCGUCAGGCUCUGGUUAACUACUACAUGGGUCUUAUGAACACGAUUGGGCCUGGAGUACUUUCUGUAUUUCUAGUUCAGAUGACUGUGUUAAUUGGCCUGCGCUACCUGCAGACCUCCAUGGAAGCCGUAGAAGGCCAGGAGAAUAUGGAGAUCGAGACGGAAGGUUACAUCCUGGAGAAAGAUGUAAAGGAGACAGCCAAAGAGCUGAAAAAUAAGGUGAUGAAGUUGUUUCAGCAGGCUCAGGUGGAGGCCGCUCCUCCAGCAGCCGAUCUAGAGGCAGCAGCGUCAGCAGAGAAAGCAGACACGGCCUCUGACUAAAUUAAAUGACCUGUCGAUUAAUCAAUGGAAAGAAUUUAUGACUUCUCUUUGAUAUUAAUACAUAAUCCAGAGAAGGAGAAAAACCUAAACACAACCUUCUCCUACACUAUAUCUUUAUCAUCCAUUUACCAUUACAGUUUUGAAAUUAUAUAAUCAAUUUAGACUAUUAGCAACUUUAAACCCUGACAAUAUUCUUCUGAUCUCCUUCUAAUUUUACAAUUACUGUAAAAAUUCUUAAAGGAACUUAAAGGAAACUACAUUGCAUGCUGUUUGUAGACCAUUGUUUCUGCUUUAUGCAUGGCUGUAAAGUUAUCAGUAUAGAGCAAAUGCAAAGAAUGCAUGAGACAAAUAAAUAUAUGAGUUUGUAUCUGC